AUGGCGGCUGCAGCACGUCUGCCGCGCCUGACGCAUCGGUUGCUCUCCGUUCCUUGUUUCCACCGCGGGCCUCUACCAUGGUUUCCAUCGGCGAAGAAGAUUCAGAGUUCCAGUGAAAGCUUCUUCCCGACGCGGAGACCGCUCCGCCGAAGAUGUAGAGUUGUAUAUUCUUCCAUCGCUCCAGGUAUUAAGGAGUGCGCCAUUGAAACUUACUUUCUUAUUUAUUUAAGGAGUGCGCUAUUUUCCCAUGUUAAUUCUUUAAAAAAUUCCUACCUAUAAGUUAUUUUAUCGAGCGCUUGUGUUACAGGGUUUCCAAGGGUGGCUGUCUCGAAUAAUUAUUUUCGGGCGCUCGAUAAAAUAAUUAUUCUUCUUUCGAACGCCUUUCAAUUUUACAAAAUAAUGUACUCGAAUAAAUUCAGUUUCGAUCGAAGUUUUUGAAAAUUACGGCAUCUUCGAAGAUGCACCCUUGUUACAUUAUAAUUUUCUCGAUAGAAACUCUGUUUUUCAUUUCGUAUUGAAGCCGCGUUCCUCGACGAAUAUCGGAGAGCUGAAUGAAGAGUGGAAUGAAGACUUUGAUGUAUUUUGGAUAGAUUUAGUAGAGAGAUGUGAUGGCUAAUUGAAAUUUGGGAUAGCAGUAAUCGGGUCUCAAACUAAACAGAUCACCCAGUGGUCAAUGGGCUGUUGGUGGGCCGGAACAGCUCCAUUAGCUCAUGAACGAACUCACUCCAUGAGUUGAUGGAGGUGUGCAACUCGUCCUCCACCACAGUUUGGCUUCCGCUGCUAGAUAUAUACUAGUCAGCUGGACGCGGUCCUCUUUAGGGAGGAGGCACAACCUCUAUCAAACUGGCACGUAGCCUCCCAUGGAGAAUACCAUAGCACAUGACCAAAGUUGUGAUAAUUACUAAUCCUCAACAAUUUUUCACUGCCUUCAUUGCUAGUUCUUCUCCUCUAUCAUAUGAUCCACAAUUUUAUACGUUGGAGCAUUAUAUUUUCUCAAUCUAUUUGUUAAGGGUCUUUUGAAAGUUUUUAUUGAUCAAAAUAUUGGUACCAACGAUUUUCUACUUCUGAUAUGACAGAUCGGAAAAUCCAUGGUGUAGACGUGGAUGCAUCUUAUGAUGUCAUUGUGGUAGGAGGAGGACAUGCAGGUUGUGAAGCAGCACUUGCCUCUGCUCGACUUGGUGCAAAGACUCUUCUUCUUACCCUCAACCUUGAUCGUAUCGCAUGGCAGGUUUCUUUUUUAUCUUAUAAAAAAUUAAUUGACUUCUUUGUAUAAGAAUACAACUCCUGUCACUAAGAAUAAUUCAAGAAAUGUAUAAUGGGCUCGAAACUUUGGGAUCCUAGUUAUGAUCGUUAUCAUCAGCAAGAAUUCUCAUCGCAGUUCUCUGGGUUUCGUUUUUAGGAUAUGGAAGUUCAAAGACCGAGUAUUCUCUAUGCACCUUUUGUAACAUUGGCAGAGUUCUUGAUCCUGACGUAAUUUAGGAAACUCAAAACGUGAAUAAUCCUUAAAGUUGGCGUAUUUAUAACUGAAAAUAGUUCCUUUUUGGUUGAGACUAUUCAAACAACAAGCUCAGCUGCCAGCCUUCAAUGCACUUCAAUUUUUUGACAUUUAAAGAUGCACUAAUCUAUGUUCACUAAGAUGUUUCCACUAGUAGUGGGCGAUGACCAAUCUAACGCGUGUCAAAAAUUCCAAUCCAAUGGGUUUUUAUAAAAUUAUUCGCUUUUCUUGUACAGCCUUGCAAUCCAGCUGUUGGUGGCCCUGCAAAGUCUCAACUGGUGCAUGAGGUGGACGCUCUUGGUGGUGAAAUAGGCAAAAUGGCUGACAGGUCGAACAUUAGAAUCUUCAUUUGCUUUUGUUUCAUAUACUCGUGGCUGUUUUUUUGGCUGCUGUUUAUUGUAGAUUUGGCAACACUUCCUCACGUAUUAGGUGAAUUACCUGAGUGGGCAUCGUUUGAGAGCCGUUAUUUGAUAAACAGGAACUGUUAAUGGACUAAGACGUCCAAUCUGAUCACCUUUUAGGACUGCUUGGCUAGUCAUCUGAAGGCCUUGCCCUCCUAUAGUCCUUUGUCAUGCACGUUUUGGCUGGGCAUCACCUUGAAAGUACACGUAAUAAUCUGGUUCUAUUUUAUGUGAACUUAUUGUUAUUUUAGAUCAGAAGAACAAUGUUCCUUUGGAGCGUUAGUGGUUCAAGUGAAGAUCAAGAUUUUUUUUUUGCCUUUGUGAUUUAUCAUUUGCCGCUUUGUCUAACCAUUGCUCUUUAUUCUGCAGAUGUUACUUACAAAAACGGGUCUUGAACCUAUCAAAGGGUCCCGCUGUCCGGGCUUUGCGUGCACAGACUGAUAAAAGAGAAUAUGCCAUGGAAAUGAAAAAAAUUGUUGAAAGGUUACCAUCUUCCACCUAUUCAUUUCGUCUUCAUUUUCUGUCAUCGCUGCAUUGCUAUAUUGACUUUCUGCAUAGAGUAUUCACGAGUUUCUGUGCCGUGAAUUCAUUGCCUGCAAUCAGUUCAUCAAGCACUCUGGUAUUAGUUUCUGUGAUAAAGAAGUACUCUGAAUGGAGCUGCAUUUCGUUUUGUACCAUCCCAAUUGGAGAAGCACGACACAAUUUGCAUUGUUCUUCGUAAUGAUUAACAUCCCUGGUCAUUGUUUUUUUCUUUUUUUGUUAAGCUUGGGCGGUUCCAGAGUUCUGGCUGUGUAUUAGUUGAAGGGUAGAAUGGAGCUUGGUAUUGGUAUCAGCCAUUUUGUCUCAUAUGACUAAUUCAGGGUGCAUUUGGACUGGAAAAGAGAUUUGGUCAAGGGUAACUGUUUGAGUUUGUUCAUCAAGCAAUGAAAGGUAGAAAUAUAUGUAAACUUUAGCACAGUUCUUUUCCAAGUGAACCUGAGUACAGAACAUAGUGACCAAAGAUGAAUCCGCUUAAAAAGAUUCUGGACCAGGGAGUGAUACUAGUAGUAUUCUUCAAUCUUCCACACGCUCUCUAGUUUCAAACUUUUUAUCCAGCUAUCCAUAGAAUCUUUUUAGUGAUCCUGAUCAGCUAUCAGCCAAUGAUGUCAAACAUCCAUUGGUAGAAUCGAAGUUGAAGACACUUUUCAAGUUUUUGGAGCCCAAUUGCGAGGCAGAUAGACACAGCGUGACAGAGGCAAUUUUUGUUUCUCAGAGGUGGUGAUUGGUUGGUUCAUCCUGGCUUCUUGCAUGGAAAAUUUUUUGCCUUAUUUUUUGCUCAUCUUCUUUCAUUUCAAUCCUUGUUAAUUUUUUGCAUGACUUUUGUACAUUUUUUUAACUUACUGUCACUACAUCAGCACCCCGAACCUUUUCAUAAGAGAGGCUAUGGUAACAGAGGUUUUGGUGGGGAAGAAUGACAACGUGGAAGGAGUUUGUACAUUCUUUGGCAUGAACUUCUAUGCACCUUCUGUUGUUCUCACAACUGGUACAUUUAUGAGUGGGAAAAUUUGGGUUGGUAGAACAUCUAUGCCAGCAGGAAGGGCUGGUGAAUCGGCAUCUCAUGGACUAACUGAGAACUUACAACAACUGGGCUUUGAAACUGAUCGAUUGAAGACUGGAACUCCUGCACGUGUUGAUUAUCGUAGUGUAGAUUUCUCUGGAUUGGAACCCCAACAUGGAGACGACGAGGUAUUUACCUCAAACCCUAUGCCUUGAUUAUUUAAUAUGCAAGAAAUCAAUAGUUUGGAGCGAUGACACAUGGUCGAUCUUAUAAUUCUUCAAAACAAGAAAAUAAGAAAAAAAAAACUGAUUUUCUGUCUUUUCUCUUUUUUAAAAACAUUUUUUUCCAUCUUCAUGAAGAUUUAAUUUAUUACCUUUUCCAUUUUCUAGCUGAGAAAUUAUUUUUCUUUUGAUUGUUUAUUUUAGCUAGAUUUCUUAACACAGAUAUCCUUUAAAUUCUUUACAGAUGAUAUUUGGCAUUCACUUUUAGCAUACAUUGUUUCUUUAAAAUAUAAAAUCAUUGAUGUGCCAUGGAGGUGUUGGAAAUGGAGAAAAAACCUCAUCAUGAAGGACGGAGGGGAGAACAGCGAAAACCGCCUCAAAAUUCAUUCAACUCUAACCUCUAUUAUAUAGGGAGUAACAAUACACAACUUUUGCUAAAACACCCUCAACUAAUUAAAUAUUUCUCUACGACCUAAAUCUUCCAACACUCCCCUUCAGGAUGAACUUUGAAAAAUUCAUCUUGACUAAAUUGGUGAUGACAACAAAAUAUUGCCCUCUGAACAUUCACUUGUUGGCGAUGACAAAGAUCUGUUGUCGCAGCAACUCUCUCUUCGAUGGUAAUCACAGAUGACUGCCACUAAGGUUGUGGAUUCGCUGACACCUUUGGCUCCUCUGAUGUUGUCAUGCCUCAAAGACAGCUCACCAUGAAUAUGAUAGCACCAAACACCUGUGACUUGAUCAUGAUGCUCACUAUGUCCCAGGGCUGUAGAGCCUGCCUUGGAGUCAUGAGGUAGUUGACAGGGUGGCACCAUGCAUGCGGAGAGUAUCCCUCUGCUUAUAGAUUUGCAUAGUGUCAAGAUCCGAUGCAAAGGCUCUCAGCUAUGACGAUUGAUGUGAUGAUGGGGCUUAGCUCUCAGGAGAGGUGCAGGCUAGGCACCCCUCCCACCGAUCGAGUAAUGAACUCACGGAGGAAUUGGAAGGUGAAGACCAUUUCGACGAAUGCAGAGGUGAGCAGAUAGCACUAGACAACAUGGACUGUAGCAAUGUAAACUGUGGAGAACUUUGGUCACCAGACUAGAAGACAUAGAACUGAUGUUGAAUAGAGGGAGACGGACUGAGGAGGACGGAGUACGACACUGGAUUGAGACAAGCGUGGAUAAGAGAUUGAUUUUACCUCUCAUAAAAUGCUGAUGAGGUGAAAACGACGGUAAUGGACCUAGAUAUUUCAGCCUCUAGACAGAAGGCUUGCUGCAGACAGAAAUGACGCCAAUGAAUUUGAAGAUGUUAUUGAUGAACCUACUAUUGAUGAACUCAAAUAUACUGUCAAAUGACGGAUGAAGAUCAGUGCUCUCUCGUCGUAGAACUGCCUCACCGGCAGAGAACCUCGCCGGAAGAGGAGAUCUCAGUGGACUCGUUGUCCUAGACUAGAGGACUGACAGAAGUAGAACCGCUCUAAAUGGCGGAAAUAAACCUGCUCGAAAUGGCAGGAUAUCACGCCUAUAAAUGGCGGAAAGAUAAGAUGCCUCCAUGGCGCAAUAAGUGCAUCAAUAUAAUGCCAGAAAAAAACUCAGCAGAGGCAGAAGGUCUUGCCGGAAAGACACUCGGCAGAGGUGGAGUGCCUCGUCGGAAAGAUACUCGGCAGAGGCGGAAGGCCUCGCCAGACAAAGAGGGGUUUGAAACCGUAAUCUGUAACCUGUAUGUCGCCAGAUGCCAGUGAUGGUUGCAUCGGUUCUCCCCCAUGCAAGAAACGCCAGGUAGAACUUACAUCAAACUGAGGCGACAGCAGCAGAAAGAAGACGCUGGAUACCACCGGACUCCAGUGGUGGCGGGGAUGACGCUCCCCCAGACAACAGACGUUGGACAGAGCCGACGAAACCUAGCGGAACGAACCCGCUCUGAUGCCAUGUUGAAAAUAGAGAAAAAACCUCGUGACAAAGGACGGAGGGGAGAAUGGCGGAAACCGCCUAAAGAUUCAUUUAACUCUAACACCCAUUAUAUAGGGAGUAACAAUACACAACUUUUGCCAAAACACCCUCAACUAAUUGCACUAUUUCUAUACGACCUAAAACUUCCAACAGGAGGCAAUGCUUUUUUUUAUUAACUGUGCUCCGGACAGAUGUUGUAAGAAGAAAAGUUUCUUGUAUUAUUUGAUCCCUGUCCCAUAACAGCAUUGAUGAUCGUUUCAGUGUGCCAUGAUUGAAGAAAUGUCCAAUGGAGAACUGAAUUGACAACACAUUUACUGCACUUAGCAUAUUAUCCUGUCCUAGAUGACAUUUAUGUUGUUUCAGAAUAUAAAUUUACUUGCGGUACAUAAAGGCUGAACUUGGCCGCCAUUCUGUAGACUAAAAGCAUAAGGAGUGGGUAUUUUACUGUGCUUCAGUAUGUUCUGGUUCAAACCUGGUAAUUUGGAGCAGAGUGCUCUGGUUAUGCAUGAAUUUGUCCGGCAAUGCAUCAACAAUAAUUGUCCCCUAAAAUUCUUUGUAAUGGAAUCAUCAUCUGGUUUCCUGUAGCUGUACAAUCCUAAAUAGAUUAAAGCAGGGUUCAUACUUCCCAUAUUUCUGAAGGGGAUCUUUGUUUAGUUGUUCAUAUUCUUAUAUCUUGCUACUUUGAUUCAGGUAGGCUGGUUUAGCUUUGAUCCUGAGUACCACAUCGAACGGGAACAGAUGUGCUGCUAUUUGACUCGUACCACCAAAAGUACUCAUCAGCUUAUUAAAGACAAUCUGCAUGAAACGCCAACAUAUGGCGGCUGGGUUGAUGCUAAAGGACCAAGAUACUGCCCAUCAAUCGAAGACAAGGUACUUCCAACAGGAGUUAUGAUUAUUCUCACAGAUGCCAUUAAUCUUCCUUGUUAUCUUUCAAAUAUUAAUAUUUUGUUCUUGUAAUUUGUAGCUCAGAGUUAGAGCCUGUUACAUGUUUUGGUCAUGAUAUUUGGGCUUUUUUCAUGGUCACAACCCCGUCAUGUGCACCUAGAGUUUUUUCUUUGCUGCUAAUCAUGUACAGAAUUAAUUUUUUUUGUUAUGCCUUCGUGGAAUGCUUGGGAAAUUUUGAUACGGAAUCUGCUCCCUGUUUAUGUGUUGCCAUUUUGUUAAUGGGAUAUUUUGUCAGAGUUUCUUUACUCCAAUAAAUACAUAUCUUUGAAGUCCAUUAAUUUAUUCCGGGCAACUGGGUCUGGAAAAAUGGAUUAAUUUCGCUCCAUGGUAGACAGGCUGCUUUGUAAAGGCCAUGCAGAACCGUAUGCAAUCAUUGAAAGAUCACAAACUGGCUGCUUAAAAGACCAGAGAAUAACGCGCUUAAGGCCAUGAAAUAUCCCUGCAUUUUAUAGGGAGGCUUCAUCGUCACCGUUUCCUAGAAGUGCUCAACAAAUCUUUUCCAAGUAAAUCUUCCCUAUCAAGAAGCCAGAAGGAUAGGAGAGCACGAUGUGACCACGGUGAUGAGAAGUACAAAAAAAGUGAUUAUAAAAAUCUGAAGAGGCUCACAUCUUCUCGUCUCCAGAUUUCUACUAGUCAGUUUCGUACCAUUGCAUUCCCCUGCAAUAACCAAACUUAAGUGGCCACAAAUGAAAAGUUUCCAUUAAAUAAUUCUUGCUAGUUGAUGCCUCCACAUUUAAGCAUAAAAUCUGAGCAGAUUAGCAAAUCUGAACGAUGUUCAUCGCUAAAACACAAUAGUAAUAGUAGGUACAUUUUGUUGCAUUGUGGAUCUGCUUGUUUGAUCCGGGUGCUUACCACGUAAUGAUAGUGAUGUCAAAGUAAUGAUUGUGACAAAAUUCAUUAUGAGACAACGUUUUAUCCUAUUAAUCGGGAUGUGGUCAAAGUCUCGAAGACAAAACAUUCAGCAGCUUUUCACCUAAUAGAAGCUGAUUUUCUUGUGGCAUUUGACUACUGUUUUGGGACUCAUAUGUGGUGCUGGCAUUGAGUGCAUGAAAUUGGUGAAAAAGAAAUUUCCUUUUUUAUUAUUUAUAAUUUCCUUUAUAAGUUUACUAAUGCGAAAUUACAGCAUCAUAACAUACUGCACAAGCCACAACUCAAAUUUACAAGAAGCUAGCUGUGAGACUUACAGCCUGGAUCCUGGCAGUGUGAUACACAAACUACACAUCCUUGUUACAACGCACGGAAGUGAGACUCCUACUUGUCAGUCAAGGGAUUAGAAAUCAAAUCAUUUUUGUAGACAAUUUUAAAAACUAUACUUUUUCAAAACUUGCCUUAUGCAAAGUUUGACCUGUCAAACGUUGGUCUUCUGAUAUAGCUACGAUGUUUUAUAUCGUAUCGGAUACAUAAUGGUGAAAAAAGCCUUAGUGAGCACAUGAGUUUUGGAUUUUGUAUCAGCAUUUUGUGUAAGCUAGAAGUGUCAACCUUAACUUCCCUGCUAGAAUACUUGUGAAGUAACAUGUACAUGCUUCUUUCAGAUCGUGAGGUUUCAAGACAAAGAAUCUCAUCAAAUUUUUCUCGAACCCGAGGGUCGAAAUGUGCCUGAGCUCUAUGUGCAGGUAUAAUAAACGUUAUUCUCUGCUCAGUCAUUUGAUAUUAUAUGAAAAUAUUUUCUUUUUCCUAUAUUGGCUCCUGUGCAUUUUUCUGAAUUUCAUAUGGAUUGCCGGUUAAGUGGACAUCUGUCUUGUGGUUUCAUCUUGUGGUUGUUUUGCCGAAUACUAAAGGAGAGUAGUUUUCUGUGCGGAGUGUACUCAUCUCCAGUUUACAAGUGAGUGAUGAACUGCAUCUGACUUCAGAUUACAUAUCAUAGAUGACCUUGUAACGUUGGCUUUUUCGGUCACCUUUUUACUGUAUUUGGAAUCCGGGAAUUUUUUUCACAAAAUCCCUGACCCAUUUCAAUAGCUCUCUGUUCCGGAUCUCCAUGGCUUAUAUCUCAGGAUGUAAGGCAUGGUGGGCGGCAUAUAUCAAGGAAACCUAGUCUUUUUGCGCCUUCAGCUUGUUGAGGACAAAACCAUCAUGAUGUUUUCGUGGAAAACUGCCCUUGUAUAGAAAUCACGUCUUAAAACAUAUAGCAAGUUGAUUGACUGAGUAAUGGAUCUUCAUCUUGUGCUGUUUUUCUGUAUUUCUCCGAAAGUAUUUAUAAUUUUUUUUCUAGUGUGCCUCCUCAAUUUGACGUAUUUGAUGACAUAUUUCUGACACAAACCAGACAAGAUAGGGAAAAGUUUCUUCUUCUCAAAUCAAAGAACAAUUGCUAGUUACAUACAAUUUUCCUGGCCACAGAAAGAGGAAACUACCUGGGUUAUGGAAACUGACGUAGUAAACUGCUUUCAACUAGGAAACUGACCAACCGAAACUUACUCCUAAUUACACUUCUUCCCACAAUUUCUGUUUCUGCUUUUAGAAUGCCUGUGUAUUUUUUCCUGUGGAAGUUUUUAUACCUUAACGAUCAUAAUUAGUUCGAAAAUAGGGAUUCUCAACAGGAUUACCUGAGCGGCUGCAGCUAGGACUCUUGAGGACACUGCCAGGGCUUGAGAAUUGUUUGAUGUUGAGGCCAGCAUAUGCUGUGGAAUAUGACUUCUUGCCUGCUCAUCAAUGCUUUAGAUCGCUCAUGACCAAAAAAAUUGAAGGGCUUUUCUUUUCAGGUCAGAUUAAUGGAACCACAGGGUAUGAAGAAGCUGCUGCACAGGUAUCCCUCCUACAUUUUUCUUGAGUUCUCUGUCAGUGAAAACGAAUGUUGGUUUUUCCUCUAUAGUCGUUAUUUCUUCAUGUGAAAGCGAGAUGCAAGAAUAACAUGUUGUGGCCCAUCUGAGAAGACAUGCUCCAUCACAAGAAGGUUUCAUGCCUUGUAAAUUCAGGAAGAAAAGUAAAUACCUUUUCCUAAAUUUAUCAAUAAUUAUAUUAAUACAAAAAAUCAAAUUAAAUGUCAUAAAUGAUUCAUUGUGAACAUAAAUUGACACAAUACAAAGCAUUACGUCAAUAGAUUACUCUCUCACUCAUAUUUGUGGGACAGGCUCCGCCGUCACCCUUCCCAACGUUUCUCUUCUGGAUCGUUUUUUAAAUGAUGUUAACUGAUGCACAUGCCGGGCCAGGGUAAUGUGAGACCAUAGUGUCGCAGGGCUGAGAAUGUCCACUUGCAGGUCACUUGCGGUCUACAUGAUUUUCCCCAAUUUUUUUUGAUGUUGUGUGUGACUAUCUUUACAAAUGAAUUGCACAUCUUCCUUCCAGUAUCACAUUUCUUUCUUGAUUCUCAUCUCUGAAGUUAUCUAUUCUCUAAUAGGGCAUAUUAUCGGGAAUAAAUGCUGCAAGGCAUUCAUGUGGAAAGCCCCUGAUCGUUCUAGAAAGGGAAAGCAGCUACAUAGGGACCUUGAUAGAUGAUCUUGUGACAAAAGACCUUCGAGAGCCCUAUCGAAUGCUAACAAGGUAAAAUUUUGCUAUUUGAAUGAAAACUAUACAAUGACUAUCUAGCUGUAAGUUGAUUUGUGCUUUGCCCAUCUAAGAUAGUUACGAUAAAUCAUUUUCUCGCUGUUUUCGUUCUGAAAAGCGAAUUUUCUGAGGAUGUCAUAAGGGGUGAUGGUGAGUAAUUCCGACGACAAAUAUAUUCCAUUUUCUGGCAUAGUUACAAUGACUUAGGCUUAAUUCAUGCUUUAGAAUUUCCUCAUCCUUUUUGUUGUUCUUGGUCUAUCCUUAACCUACGUUUCUAGCUGUUAAAAAAUUAAUCAAAUGGCCGAAAACAUCCUAUUUGAACUAAUACUUUUGAUCAGAAAUCUGCUUUAACUUGCUAAAAUUUUAUCGUUUCUUGACUUGAAAAACAAGUUGAUUAAUAUUUUACCAGCAGUUGACUUCUCUUGUUUUUGCAUGUCUUACACAUACUUCUAUACAAUGUAGUAUUUUCAGACAAUAGAAUGUUAUUUCAUUUCUAAAGAUAGGACAUCCCAAGUGGAAUAAAAAUCUCUCAGCGUGAAGGCACUUGUUUGUUGAAUCAUCAAAACCUUGACCAUGAGUCUUUGAAGCCGUUGUACUAGUUUCUCAAAGAACUUUCUUUUUCGCGAUUGGUAUUGUCAUCCAUUUCUCAUCCCCUGGAAUUCUAUUGUCAUCGCCGAUCAUUCUCAUAUUCAUGCUUCUGUAAGAAAUUUAGCCCCUGUUUCAUAUUCUAUUGUUCUCAGGUCGUGAUGCAUUUAGAAGAGGACCUCAGACAAAUAGAUCAUGAGAAAUCAUUUUUUUUCUUAGAAUAUAUUAGUUUCGGAUGGGGGUGUAUGGAACAUUACGUUUGUUUUGUUUCAAAAGUCAUCUUUAGGCCAAUGCUUUGACAAAUUCCCACUAGGCUCAGAUGACAGAUGCUGAGAAGCUAACCUCUUAUUUACCAGUCGUUCAGAACACAGAUUACUUCUGCGUGCUGAUAAUGCGGAUAGCAGAUUAACACCUCUUGGAAGAGAAAUUGGUUUGAUAGAUGAUAGGCGUUGGAAUUUGUACCAGUCUAAGCAAGCCCGAAUUGUGGAGGAGAAGGAACGUCUAAAGAACGCGCGGGUUUCAGGUUAAGAUUUCCUUGAUCUUCAUCCUUGGAAGCUUCCCUCGUUUCAGCUCUUCAUUUCCCACAGUAACACAUUAAUUUGAAAUUAAUACUCAAUAAUACACUAACUCAGGAGGUGAUUGAAAAAUGUGUACAGGGGGAGAUUUUUCUACGGAGGUCAGUCUUUUAUCAGGUCAACCGGUCAGGGAUUCUGCGACUUUGGAAAGCAUCUUGAAGAAACCACAUAUAGAAUAUAAGGUCCUUGAUAAGCAUGGGCUUGGAAACAAGCUUCUUUCAAAGAUGGAGAAAGAGUGUGUAGAGAUUGAUAUCAAAUAUGAGGGCUUCAUCAUCCGCCAGCAGAGCCAACUUCAGCAGGUCAGUUUAGAACACGGUUGGAAGAUCCCCAUCUCCUUGCAGACUUUCUUAUCAGGGCACUCUUCUUCUCUUAAACCUCAGUUGAUGCCAUGUAUUGACACCUAUAUUUCUCCCUUUUGCAAGAUCGUCAAGCAGCAGCAUAGGCCACUUCCAGAGGACCUUGAUUACUACUCACUGACGACAUUGUCCCUGGAAUCCAGAGAGAAGCUUUCCAAGGUAGAACACUUUACUGAUACUUGACAUUACAGUGGCAUCUUGGCUUCACUAAAUCAGCUGCAACCCACUUGGGCGUUCUUAGCUUAAUUGCUCACACGUGUAUGAUCAUAAUCAUCAGAAAGUUUCUGAAAAGAUGACCAUUUCAUCUCAUGGUUCUGCUGCAUUUGCCAAAUUAGAGCCAGCAUAUAAACCAGAAUUUGCAAGCGUCUCAUGGAUCCUGUUCAGACUGGAUCAGCUUGAGCUGGCCAGUCUUAAUUUUCUCUCUAAUCUCCCGGUUUUCUUGAUCUUAUGGGCACUUUUCGAAUCAUCAGACCCACCCGCUUACUCCCUUCGUUGAUUUAGCAAGUGAUUCUGCCAUUUUUCAGGUACGCCCACAGACGAUAGGUCAGGCGAGCAGGGUUGGUGGAGUGAGCCCGGCGGACAUUACUGCUCUCCUCAUUAUCCUCGAAACAAACCGUAGGAGGGAAAGCGCAAAGAAGAAACAGGAGUUUCUGAGGGCUGCCGCCGCCGAUACCUCGAAGGAUGCCGUCCCCAUUGCGGCUGCUGCAGCCAACGGGGCGGAUUCCUAA